GAGCUGGAGGCGGCCUCUGACAGUGAGUGUGCGCGAGCCCCUGGAGCUGGAGGCGGCCUCUGACAGUGAGUGUGCGCGAGCCCCUGGAGCUGGAGGCGGCCUCUGACAAUGCCAUCAAUUAAACUCCAGAGCUCUGAUGGAGAAAUAUUUGAAGUUGAUGUGGAGAUAGCAAAGCAGUCUGUGACAAUCAAGACCAUGUUGGAGGAUUUGGGAAUGGAUGAUGAAGGUGAUGAUGAUCCUGUUCCGCUUCCAAAUGUCAAUGCUGCAAUUCUCAAAAAGGUGAUUCAGUGGUGCACUCACCAUAAGGAUGAUCCUCCUCCUCCUGAAGAUGAUGAGAACAAAGAAAAGAGAACAGAUGAUAUUCCAGUAUGGGAUCAGGAGUUCCUCAAAGUAGAUCAAGGAACACUAUUUGAGCUAAUUCUGGCUGCAAACUAUUUGGAUAUUAAAGGUCUGCUUGAUGUGACAUGCAAAACAGUAGCAAAUAUGAUCAAAGGUAAAACUCCAGAAGAAAUUCGUAAGACUUUCAACAUCAAAAAUGACUUUACUGAGGAAGAAGAAGCCCAGGUUCGUAAAGAGAAUCAGUGGUGUGAAGAAAAAUAAAGGUCCCUGUCCUCGAUAAUUCUCUAACCCGCUGAAAGAAUUUUCCAGUUGCUGUUGCACUGCACUGUUUUGUACAUGUUUAAUAUUUGGAAAAUUCGACAAAAGGAAAAAAAAAGCAUUUAAUUGCAUGAUGUUUCCUUACUUGUUCAGAGCAGUAUGUUUUAAGCUUUAUAUUGUUAUUACACUAGGAUUGGAAGUGACAUCCAGCUUUACACCACACGAUUUAUUGUAGGAGUUUGACUUCAAGAGGAUUAGAAUGUCUCUGUGUCAUUAAAUCUAAAUAGUGUGGGCUAGACAAAAAUCCUUUAAUACAGUUGGCAUGUCUGAUUUUCAUGUAAUCUAGUCUAGAAGACAGCAGGAUAUGCAUUAAGGGGGUUUUGUUCAAUGAUUGACAGCAAAUUCACUCCUGUUUUAAGCAAUUGAACAAUCAUUUGCUUCUAUACCAAUAAUUGCACAAUAAUUUGAAGAGAUUUGCAGCAUGAAGGGUAUGGCCAGAUUAUCCACAGUAAUUUUAAAAAUUGAUUGAGACAAUUCUCUUUCUUUGUGGGUUCAAGUACAGAGCACAUUCUUUACACUGUAACCAGAAUUGUGACUUGCUUCUAUAUCCAAGAAUUACUGUGGACCCAUAUUCCCAUUUAGUAUUUGUAUUCUGAUUUUUGAAUAUUUUAGAAGUACAGUGCUUUUCUGAUUAAAGCAAGUUUCAUUUCUUGCACUGGCUCCCCUCCUCUGCUGCAUUAUCUUCUUUUGCUGAAAAGUACAUGAUAAUCAGAAAGUAGUGUAAGUUUCAUUGAACAGCAGUGCUACUGAAAGACUCCCUAAUAGAGUUUCUCUUCAUCCAAUAGAGAUGUUGUAUGGUAAAACUCAUACAAAAAACUGGAUGGGAGCUCCAACUUUUACAGGCCAUUUACUUGUUUAGAUUUGUUAUUUACUUACUUUUUCUGUACAGUGUACUUGACUGCAAUUACAAAUUAAAAUACUCCAGUUUCUCUGCUUGUGAUUUGUUGUCUGUUGAUCAAUAAAAUGUAUCUAUAAAUUGCA